AUGAGUAAAGCACAUGAAGUAACAGCUUGGAUUGAUUUAAAUAUUAUUGAUAAAUCAUGGGCAAAAUCAUUAACAAAAGAAUUUGAUGAGAAAAAAGCUAAAUAUCUUGUUGAAAGUAUGCCAGUACCAAAUACUAUAACAUGGUCGAUAACAAAUGUUGCUAAUAAUAUUGAUGAAGAAUUUGUUAGUCAAUUAUUACUUUUAAUGACAACGGAACAAUUUUUUCAAUUUGUUUCCGUAUGUAAUACGAAUAAAAACAAUAUAUCAGAUCUAUUUCAAACUAUUAACAAUAAAUAUAAUUCUAAAAAAGCAAUUACAAUUGUUAUUAUUGGUGUAAAUUCUUCAUUAAGUCUUAGUAAAUUACUAACACGUUCAUCUAUUAUAAAAACAAAUGAUUUAGAUAAUAUUUAUCUUGAUUUACAACUUCAAUUUAAUUGUAUUAUAAAAUAUGCUGAAAAUGAACAUGAUCUUGCAACUUUAAUCCUUUCAUUUACAAAAGCUAUAACAGUUGCACCAGAAAAACGUUUAAAAAAUUUAUCACCAUUUACAUUUCAUGUUGAUACAAUGAAACAAUAUAAAGCAAUACGUGUUGAUAUUGAUCAACCGAAUAAAACACUUGAAUCAUUAUGGAAACAAAUUUUACAACAAUUUCCACAUAUGGGUAUUGAACAAGCACAAGCUAUUGUUAAUCAAUAUGGAACAAUACAAGGAUUAGUACAAGCAUAUAAACAAUGUCAAACAGAAAAUGAAGCAAAAUUAUUAUUAGCUGAUAUACAAGUUCGACGUGGAGCAGGAGUUUUAACGACAACAAGAAAGAUCGGACCACACAUGUCAGAAAAAAUAUGGAAAUUAUUUACAUCUACAGAUGGAAACGAUCUUUUAUGA